AUAAAGUUUCCAGAUAUUCUUAAAUAUCAGCCCCUCUGCUUAUUUUUCUUUUAAAGGGAAUCCAUACUAUAUAGUAUGUUUAACGAGGUUGAUAUAAUUGUAACAUGCAAUAUUAAGCAUUUGUUUUAUUGCAUAUAUAUUUGGACGGCAGCCACCAAGUGCAGCGGCAACAGGGCAGAUCAGUUCCCGUCGGGGAAUCUAUUCGUGGCAGUGAGCGAAGGGCUGUGGGAUAAUGGAGCCGCCUGUGGACGCCGUUACAGGCUGAAAUGUUUGAGUGGAAACAACAGGCCAUGCAAGGAAGGAACUAUUGAUGUGAGAGUUGUGGACUAUUGCACUAAAAGACCAUGUCCCUCUACUAUUGUCUUGUCAAGUGAUGCCUUUGCUGAAAUCUCACAUUCUCAUAAUGCUAAAAUCAACAUUGAAUAUGUCCAGAUUUGACGAGAAAGAAAGUGAAGCUUAGGAAAUAUGGAAGACGCAUGAUAAAGAAACUCACAUAUAGUUCAGCAAUAUAUCUCAACUUUGAUGUAUUUUAAAUACCUUUUUGAGCAGACAUAUACGAAGAGUUACUAAUUUUGCUUCA